CUUGUUGCAUUCAGAUUUUAGAUUUUUAUUAGAACAAUUACAAGAAAAAUGGAUGGCUUUUGUACUGUUUUAUGUCCUGUUAUGUGUCCUGUUUUAUGUCCUGUAUUUAGAUAAAUCUGUAUAUCAUCUUAAAAACUACAUAAUCUGAAUUUUGUAAACAUGUGACCUUGCUUAAUCUGAAAUAUUUAAACAUGUUGGUCCUGUUUUGCUUAAUAUGUGCUGUUUUAGUAACAUUUUGUCCUUCAAUAUUUUGUUGAAGGAUGAACACUUUAAUUGAUGAAGAUCCCUUCUUCACCACAUUGUUGGAAAGUGGUGAGGGUGGUAUAAGCAACCCUACUGUGGAUGCUGCUUUCGUUGAUGUCCAAGCGACACAACCCCAACGGGAAAAAAGGGCACCUAAACAUAAAUCCCAGCGGGGUGUGUCAUUUACUAUUGAGGAAGAUACUCUCCUCAUUUCAGCUUGGCUUAACGUUAGUACAGAUUCCAUACGGGGGACUGACCAAACCUCCACAUAGUUGUGGAGUAGAAUUUAUGAUUACUACUCCACUUAUAAAAAACCUAACAGUCAAGAACGAUCUGUACCAUCUUUGACCAAUCGGUGGUCAACCAUUCAAAAAUGUGUCAAUAAAUUUUGUGGUUCUUUGGCCCAAGUUGAAGGAAUGCAUCCAAGCGGUGCAACCGAGCUAGACAAGAUUGACAAGGCAAAAAUUUUGUACCGAGAGACCCAAAAAACCAACUUCACCUUGGAUCAUUGUUGGAAUCUUUUAAGGAAUCAACCGAAAUGGCAAACACACAUGGAGAGUGUAAGAAGAAGAGACAACGUCUCACGUUCAGGUAGUACUCUAAACUCAAUACAAUUAGAGGACCUAAUGGAAAAUGUGCCCGUGGAGUGUGAGAGACCUUUGGGAAAAAAAUCUGAAAAAGAAAGAGAGAAAAAAAGAAAAAGUAGGGAAAGAGAAGAUAAAGAAUUUAGUGAAGCCUUAAGAGACAUGACAGAUGAUAGGAAGAUUAUGCUGUUGGAGAGAAAAGAAAGCAUAAUGAGGUUAGAAAACCGCAAUUCUGAGUUAUUGGCUAUUAAGAAGAAAAAGGUUGAAAUGGAAAUUAAGGCUCAAGAAGAAAGAUCUAUAAUAUUAGCUGAAAAGAAGAGGAAAAAUGAUAUGGAAAUUAUGAAAUUGGAUAUUGGUUCCAUGAAUUCUUUGCAGCAAGAGUAUUUCCAUAAUCUUCAAAUGGAAAUUAUUGAGGAACAAAGAAAUAAGGCCAUAUCUCGUACAUAGUCCUGUAUGCUUUGUUUUGUGUAGUUUUUGAUUUUUUUUUUGACACUG